AUGUCGAUGAUUUCUCGAGCUCUUUUUCAGCUCUACGGUCGGUAUGCCGAGCACAAUCGGUGGGAACUUCUCAAUGGCCCGGGGGACUCGCGUGUACAGGGAAGUCAAAUCAUUGAAGAUGAAAGCCUAGUCAACCGAUGGGGCGAUAAGGUUGUGCUGAUUACCGGCGUUUCCUCUGGAAUCGGUGUUGAGACUGUGCGUGUCUUGGCAUCUACUGGAGCGACUGUCUUUGGUACAGCCCGGAACCUCGAAAAGGCGAAGGAAGCUUUGGGUUCCUUGCUCGAUACUGGGCGUACGGACCUUUCGAGUGUUCGGGCGUGCGUUAAGGAGUUUCUCAAACAAAGUUCCAAGCUUAACAUUCUUAUUAACAACGCGGCUGUGAUAAAUACUCCAGAAAGUCGGACCAAGGAUGGCUUUGAGCUUCAGUUUGGAACGAAUCACGUGUCGCAUUUUCUGCUCUUCUAUCUACUAAAAGAAACCCUUCUGGAAACCGCACGUUCCACGCCAGACUUCCAUUCCCGUGUCCGGUUCAUCGCUAUAGCCCUUUUCCUCUUAACAAUAUCAACUUUGAAGGAAACUACAACGGAUGGCUUGCUUAUGGAUCUAGCAGACGGCUAA